AUGAGGCCUUUUUUCAAGACGUCCGCUCUUUGCCUCUUGGCGCUGUGUGGGCUUCAAUCAGCGACUGCAGCCAAGCUGACAUUCGCAGUCUCUGAUGUUGGCGAAGAUGCAUACACGGCGGCGAACUUGGCCCGGAAUGGUGAGCUUUCUGUCCACAUUAGUCCACUGCAGAAGAGCGAGGAUAUCGUCACAGCCCUGAAAGCAGCAUUGAGAGCAAAUCCGCCGACCGGCGAUGCUUGCGCAUCAAUGGCACUUCCCACUUAUUUCGAUAAAGUUGCGUUUCACGCUAGAUACACAAAAGGCACUACUGGCCCGAACUAUCGGGAGUUGUUCCAGACCGCCCUUACCCAAGGAACGGAUCUCUCACAAAUGAAACCAUACCCUACUGACUGGGAAGAAGUCUGGAAUCAGGAAGCAGGAGCCAACCUGGCAUACCUUCUCUGGUCUACCAGCACGGAAAUUGGUUGCGCCACUGCAACAUGCAAAGAAGAUGCAGACGAAAAAGCGAACGCUGUUCUGUACUGCCAAUUGGUUGACAAGCCUAAGACGAAUGGGACUCCCUUCACUGAGGAGUACUACAAGGAGCUCAUGGGGCGAAAAGUUCCCCUGUCACAGAUGAAGGAAGACGAACUUGAGGUGUCAGCCGGCGCCUCAUCCAUCGCCGCACCCUCGGGUCUUCUAGCCAGCUUGGUCGCCAUCAUGGCAACUAUUGCUGCAUAG